AUGGCUCGGAUGGAUACUCGUCAUCGAAAGACCACCGAAGUAGAUGACAUGGGAUUCGCAUCAUUAGCUAGUGAAGACCCUCAGUUCAAUGAAUCCAAAUCUGUACCCAACUCAUACUCACAACAUACUCACAACAACGACAUGUCUUCCUCCAAUGAGCCCAAUAAAACCUCCGGUCGAUAUCACUCCAUAAAGGGCAACGUCGUCGGGACCAUCGGUAACCUCACCGGGUCUAAACCCUGGCAGCAGAGCGGGAAAGAAGAACAUGCUCAAGGAGAAGCAGAAUAUCAGACUGCUCAAGCCAAAGGUUACGUCGAGGGAACCAUAGACCGCGUCGGCGGACACGAAGACUCUGUAAUAGGCACUCUGUCUAGUGAUGAAUCUAGGCGGGCGCAAGGUAACUUGCCGUAUGAUAAAGGCCAGGCGUAA